AUGAACGUCGCACGAUUGGCCGUGCGACCUAGCGCAGUUGCACGCUUCGUGGAGGCAGGGUGCAGAGCAAGCCAGCCAUCAAAUUCCCCACUGUCAUCUCUUCCCUCUCUUCCCUCUCGCAUCCCUCGUUUGCCUGAGCGCCUUCCAUCCCGUUCUCGUUUCUCGACCUCCACUUCUGUCUUCUGCGCAAAACACAGCCCCUCUACCGCCAUCGCAGUUGCCGAUCAAUCUAACACCAGCUCAGAUCGCUAUUCGUCCGCUCUGCGACAGAACAAAGAAUGGGCCGCCCAGACUGCUCGUGAGCACCCCGACCUUUUCCCUACCCUUGCGACCGGUCAGCAGCCCCAGAUCCUGUGGCUAGGAUGCUCCGACUCCCGCUGCCCGGAGACUACCCUGCUGGGAUUGAAGCCCGGUGAUGUCUUCGUGCACCGCAACAUCGCCAACAUCCUGCACCCCGGCGACCUGAGCUCGGGCGCAGUGAUUGAAUACGCUGUCCAGCACCUGCGUGUCAACCACGUUGUGGUCUGCGGUCACACUGCUUGUGGUGGCGUUGCCGCCGCUAUGGGUAACAAGCAGCUUGGUAUCUUGGACCCCUGGCUGCUGCCUCUGCGUCAGGUGCGUGAGCGCAACCUUGCUUUGCUGCAGAGCUUGUCGGAAGAGGAGGCGGCGCUCAAGCUCGUUGAGCUUAACGUGCGCGAGGGUUUGGAUAUCGUUAAGCAGAAGGGUGUUGUCCUGAACGCGAUCCAGGAGCGUGGACUCCAGGUCCACGGAUUGAUCUACGACGUCGGUUCCGGCGUCCUGCGGGAAUUGGACACCCAGGACUCCGAGGAGGUUAUCAAGUCCCGAUUGACAGCCUUCGCUGUUCGUGAUUAG